AUGCAGCAGCUUAUGGCGGAUUGUGGUAACGCGUAUAAUGGUGGGAUAAAGGAUGGCCUUUUCCACGGCAAAGGCACGCUAAUAUAUCAGGGAAAUGAGAAGUACGAGGGUGAUUGGGUAUACGGCAAACGUGAAGGGCAUGGACGUUUCACGUACAGUGAUGGUGCUGUGUACGAUGGCCAGUGGGUUGAUGACCACAUACAGGGUUACGGGGUUAGCCAUUUCGCCUCUGGGAAUACCUAUGAAGGGAACUGGGAGAAUGGCCGUAUCAAUGGUACUGGCAAACUGAAAUACAACAAUGGCGAUGUGUAUGAAGGAGAAUGGCAUGACGGCAAGAUGCACGGUCACGGCGUCUAUCGCUAUGCCGAGGGAGAUGUGUAUGAUGGUGAAUGGCGAGAGGAUAAGAGACAUGGCAGGGGCACUGUCACGUAUGUAUCUGCUAAGGGACAGAUUGUCGAGAAGUACGAGGGUGAUUGGGUAAAUGGAAAAAUGCAUGGUCAAGGCACCUACCAAUAUGCUGAUGGCGGCAUUUACAAGGGGGAGUGGGCGGAUGGUAAAAUGUGUGGCAAGGGUGUGUACACUUUCCCCAACGGCAAUCGUUAUGAAGGUGAUUGGGUUGAUGAUCUCAAAGAGGGUUACGGUGUACUCACUUACACCAAUGGGGAGCGGUACGAAGGUCAGUGGAAGCAGGAUAAGGUGCACGGCAAGGGCACUCUAGUGUACACUUAUGGUGACAAGUACGUUGGUGAGUGGAUGGAUGCUAAGAAACAUGGCGAGGGCGAGCUCAUAUACUCUAAUGGCGACAAGUUCAAGGGCCAAUGGGUAGAUGAUCGAGCAUGCGGUUAUGGAGUUUUUGUGUACGCCAAUGGCAAUAAAUACGAAGGGCAAUGGCAGGACGAUAAGAGACAUGGUCGCGGUCUGUUCACUUGUGCUGAAGACGGUAGUAGCUACGAAGGUGACUUUGCCUUCGGUCGGAGAGAGGGAAGGGGUAUCUUGCAGUUCGACAGCGGCCAUGUGUUAUCGGGGAUCUGGAGGCACGGCGAGUUAACCCAAGUUACUGAUUUCGAGUUUGCGGAGAGCUCACCAUGGAGGAAUCCCGAUCUUUAA